CCUUCUCCGUGCUGUGGGGAGAAGAAGCAGGAGAGGCUCCCCUCAGCCUGCCACAGCACCCACCUGCGAGCAGAAAGCCCGGGGCUCCAGCCCGGGCGCUCCUGCGGGGAAAACAAAACCGGGGCGUUAGCAGCGGCACCCUCAGCUUCCCCACCGCCGAGGGGGGGGGGUGCCCAUCGUUUUCGGUCCCCGGGCCUUCGGGGCCGUCCCUCACCGAGGCCCCGGCUCCCUCCUCCUCCUCCUCCUCCUCCCCGCAGGCGGGGCCGCGCCGCCGCCCUCCCCGCUCGCUCCGUGCCUCCCUUCCCCUCGUCGGUCCCCGGGGCGGCGGAGCGGCAGCCCCCAUGUCGGGCCCGCGGGGCGCCCUGCAAGCCUGGUGCCGGCGGCAGUGCGAGGGUUACCGCGGCGUGGAGAUCCGCGACCUCAGCGCCUCGUUCCGCGACGGCCUGGCCUUCUGCGCCAUCCUGCACCGGCACCGGCCCGACCUGCUAGACUUUGAUUCUCUCUCCAAGGAAAAUGUCUACGAAAAUAACCGCUUGGCCUUCGAGUUGGCGGAGCGGGAGCUGGGCAUCCCAGCUCUGCUAGAUCCCAAUGACAUGGUCUCCAUGAAAGUCCCCGACUGCCUCAGCAUCAUGACUUACGUGUCUCAGUAUUACAACCAUUUCAACAACCCCAGCCAAGCCAGAGUCCCUCCGCCUAUGAAGCGCCCGGCCGCUGCCGCCUCGCCGCCUCUGCUGUCCCACAAGAAGCCCGUGGCUGCGGCCGAGAGUUCCUCCACGCCGCAGGACGAUGUCCCCUCGGAGCCGGCAGAGCCGUCGCAGCGCACCACGCUCAGCAGUACCUGCGCCGCCUGCCAGCAGCACGUCCACCUGGUGCAGCGCUACCUGGCCGAGGGCAAGCUCUACCACCGCCAGUGCUUCAGGUGCAAGGAGUGCUCCAGCACCCUGCUCCCAGGGUCGUACAAGCCCGGGUCAGAGGCGGGGACGUUUGUCUGCACACACCAUCGUGGCAAAUUGGCCGUGAGCGGGAAGAUGGACAGGAGGGCCAGCCCCGACCGACAGUCGCCGGAGCGAAGAACUGAAAUUGCUGCCGGCAGCGCGGGUGAGGAUGGGCUCCCUGCGGGAGCAGAGGUGGGGAAGGACAACAGCACUGCUGUGGAGAACGCGGCGGAGACCCAGACGCCUGCAGAGGGGACGGCCAGCCCGGAGGAGAAGGACAGCACGCCCAGCAAAGCAGAGACAGCGACGCCCCACGCGGGAAGCGGGGCGCCCACCUCCCAGAUACCCCCCAGGCCUCCCCUUCCCACCAAACCCUCAGCGCCCGGCCAGGACAAAGCCAGCCCUCUGGACGGACGCCUCAGAGACACUCGGCCCACCCCGGCCCCGAGGAGGUCCACGGAUGCCUCAGCCCUCUCCCCUCCAGCCUCCCACCCCGUGCCCCGGCCCCGCUCCACCGUCCAGGGCGAGGCAAGCGACUGCGCGCCUGGCAUGGUGAACGGUAGGGGACCUGAACCCAGUCCCCCUGUCCCAAAACCCCGAGGGAGACCCUGCUCCUCUGAUCGUGCUGGAGCCGCUGCGAGAGCCAAGGACCCGCCGUGGAUGGCCUUAGUGCAGGCAGAGCCCAAGAAGAAGCCAGCUCCUCCUCCUCCUCCCCCGGGGAGCGGCCACGAGCCCCCCAGCAGGACUGCAGAGGAGGAGGAUGGGGAGGAGGUGGGCAAAGCCAAGAGCGAGGAGAGCAAACCUGAUGCCGCAGAGCCCAAACCGUACAACCCCUUCGAGGAGGAGGAGGAGGAGGAAGAGGAGGUUGCCCCUGCCCAAAAGAGCACGCCUGAGCAGGAGCAGGGUGAGGCUGCUGCCAAGUCUCUCCACCCCUGGUACGGGAUCACUCCCACCAGCAGCCCCAAGGCAAAGAAGCGGCCAGCCCCGCGAGCCCCCAGUGCUUCCCCCCUAGCCCACCACCCCAUCUCCAGGCUGUCACACUCCGAGCCAUCCUCCUCCACCCCGUCUCCAGCCCUCAGCCUCGAGAGCAUCAGUUCCGAGAGUUCGGCCAAGGUGCUGGGUGACACCGACGAGGCCUCGGUGCCUAAAAGCUCCUCCGAGCCCACUGUCCACACGCCAACGGCCACCAAGACCUCCAGCGCUGACGCGCCGCUGGCCAGCGUCUCCUCCAGCGAGAGCCCUGCCGCCCCAGCCAGCCUCUCCACCACCUCCUCCUUCUCCUCCUCCAGCGAACUGGCCGGCUUCAGCGGGGAGGCGCAGCCCGGCGCCCCGCACGCCGGCAGGAGCGUCUCCGCUGGCAGCUUAAAGACCAGCCCCAGCAGGCUGCCCCCCAAGCCUCCUGCUGGGGCUAGCCCUACGCCCAUCCUCUUGGCUUCGGAUGGCGGUGCUGGGAGCCCUAAGCCCCCCUCUUCACCCAAACCCCAGCUGAAGUCCUCCUGCAAAGAGAACCCCUUCAACCGAAAGCCAUCGCCUGCUGCCUCGCCCUCGGCAAAGAAACCUCCCAAAGGCUCCAAGCCAGCGCGUCCUCCUGCGCCGGGUCACGGCUUCCCGCUGAUCAAACGCAAGGUGCAGACAGAUCAGUACAUCCCCGAGGAAGACAUCUACGGAGAGAUGGAUGCCAUCGAGCACCAGCUGGACCAGCUGGAGCACCGCGGGGUGGCCUUGGAGGAGAAACUUCGCAGCGCUGAGAACGACAGCCCCGAGGACAGCCUCCUGGUGGACUGGUUCAAACUCAUCCACGAGAAGCACAUGCUGGUGCGCCACGAGUCAGAGCUCAUCUACAUCUUCAAGCAGCAGAACCUGGAGCAGCGGCAGGCGGACGUGGAGUACGAGCUGCGCUGCCUCCUCAACAAGCCAGAGAAGGACUGGACUGAGGAGGACCGGGUGAGGGAGCAGGUGCUGAUGCAGGAGCUGGUGACCAUCAUCGAGCAGAGGAACGCCAUCGUCAACUGCCUGGACGAGGACCGGCAGAGGGAAGAGGAGGAGGAUAAAAUGUUGGAAGCCAUGAUUAAAAGGAAAGAGUUCCACAAGGAGACGGAGGCCGAGAGCAAGAAGAAAGGCAAAUUCAAGCCCAUGAAGGUGCUCAAGCUGCUGGGCAACAAGCACGACUCCAAGAGCAAGUCACCCAAGGAGAAAAGCUAGAGCAGGGGCCACCAGCAGUGGGAGGGACGUGCUGCCCGACUGCCCCGGCCUCCCGCGGCCGGGGUAGGGUGCCUGCCGGGGGGGGCUUGGCUCCCUCUGCUCCCCUCGCCUCUCCCCCUCGCUCCCUCCCCAGGCACCGGCGCUGCCACCCCAGGGUGCCUCCAGCCCCCUGCCCGCAGCGGGGGAGGCUGGCUUUCCCCUCCGAGGCCUCGCUAACAGGGCAGGGAGCAAAUGGAUUCGCUUUUCGGAAGCGUUGCCCUGUCGCGCGUCUGUGUUACUGACUGAGAAGCGAGCUGAGGAGUUUGGUGUCUGUGGGAAAACUUGCACUAACUGUCCCCCCUUCCCCUUCUCCCGCUCUUACUGUGACAGCUCCGUGUGCCUCCAUCCUCUGCCGGGGGCAUCUGGCUGUCCCUCCCUCUUGUCCCCUUCCUGCCCCAUUUUUAACUGCAGGAGAAAAGCCUGGCGUUAGAAUCAGGAUUCUUUAGGUUUUACUGGCCUAAACUAAAAUGUUUUUAAAAAAAAAAACAACCACACUCCCACGUCACAAGGCUCUAAAGCCGUAGCCAAAAAAAUAACCGGUGCCCUAUUUAUUUUGAGCUGUCCCCUCCCCCUGAAGACUUUCCCCCCCCUUGAGCGUUACAGGGCUGAGAGGACCCAAGGGGCCCGCGUACAUCUGCCCAGAUGUAGCCCACGUGCCCUACUCAGGACAUCUUACCCCCCACUGCUGCUAACCACCGCUGACUGCUGCCGUCAGGGUAGGGAGGAACAUUCCUUUUCCAGGCGAGGGCAGAAAAGCACAAGACUGACUUAGCGCAAGGGGCGAGCCCCUGCUCACCAGUGCCACCCUUGAGCGGCUGGGGAGAGAGGCACGGUUACAACUGACCUUUCCCCAGCUUCGCCUGUAUAUACUUUAAAAGUGUGUAAAGAGGGUUUGGCUGGUUGUUUUCGUUUUUUUUUUUUAAACACCUCCUUUAGCACAUGAAUUCAAACCCGCCCUGAAAGUUUUUAAACCCUUAUUUUAUUUGUUGUAUGUGUGCGUGUGUGUACAUCAGAGGAGGGAAGGGGUGGACAGUAUUCUUCCACCCCUCCCUCCUUCCUUCCAUUUUUGUUUCCUGCCUUCUCCUCCAAGGUGAGGAGCUAUUUAUUGGGUCGUUCGCUUGGUCUGAAUUAGACGUUUUGUUUCAUGGGUGUUUGGUUGGUCAGCUGUUCGUCGCGCCUUCCCAUUAGCAAAUUAGUCAUGUCAGCCCCGAACAAACUGCUGCGCUCCCUUCCAAAAAUACAGCGGGCUUCAGCCAAAACACUCUCGAAGCAGUGCCUUGCAACAUGGCUGGCGUAGCGCUCUGGAAACAGGCCCCCAUUUCCCCCAAAUGCCGUGCCACUCCUGCCAUACCUCAGCAGGCUGCUCAGGAGCAGUGGUAGGGGAGGGGAGAUCCCAAAGCACAACGCUUCUCCACGGAGAAGCGCAUCCGUUUCGGAGCCUGCUGUCGUGUCGUCGUUGCCAAAGGCCGUCAGGAUCGCCGCAGCCUGACACCCCUUGGCCCUGUGACCGGUCAGAACCUUGAUUUGUAAAUUACACUGUACUAACUCCAUGACUUCCAUUCACCUGAACAGAAAUAAAGAAAAAAAAAAAAGAUUUAAAAACCAA